AUGAGAUCACUUUUUCAUUUAUUGUCAAGACAUAGGGCCAAGGGUCCUCACACCGCCUCAGAUAUCUCUGAGCCUCUUCAGCUGCCGGUUGUUUUCAAGCAGAGGUACCAUCCUACCAGCCUCGUCGCUUCGGAAGCUGAAACACCAUCCACCACUCCAGUCACCACCAAGGCGUCUAAGAGAGCCCGUGUCAAGGCUUUCUUUAAGCGCGUGUUUAGGCGCCACAGAAGAACCUCCUCUGUGGGCGCUACCCCUUCGUCGUCGCUGAGAAACUUGGCGUCGUUCGUCGCCAGCCCAUCUCUGGGCAGGUAUCCUAACACCAGGAAGCCAGGGCCUUUCGUCGUCUACUCCUAUAGUCGCCGCCCUGCUUCUACCGUCACCAAGCAUUCCUUGGGCGCCUCCCAGCCCUUGAAAUGGCAGGUUCUUCCCGGUGUUUCGGAGAGCACUCUCUGUGCUUCUUUUGCUUCCAGCGUCGUUUGGACAGCGCUGACCUCGCCCGCCCUCUCUACGAGCGAGUUCAAGCAUCCAGUCUUGCUUCCUUUGAAGCCCGCCAAGCCUGGAUCGUCGCUUGUCUACGCCCCUUAUCACGAUUUCUUCGUGCGCUUGUGCUGGCUCUUUGAGACCUGGCACGCCCGGAACAGGACUACUGGCAGUGUCCCUACAGCCGCCAAGCUUCUGUUCCUGUUUGUCUUACACUCUUCCAAAGUCUCUGUAGUUUUCAUUCCCUCCUUAUGGGCCGUGAGGGCCAAGCGGCACAUUUGGAGGUGUGAAGACCUCCCAGAGUCUAGGAAGAUCGAGCUCAUUGAGGAUGAUCAGGUACUGGAGGAGCAACCAGUGGACGACCUGAAGAAGAGUUUCCCCACCUCUUCUUUGGAAGCCCACCUUGCUACUCGUAUGCCCGAUGAUCACUCGAUGCGUAAGGCAGACAUGAUGGUGCUCCAUCUCCUGGAACUCUAUAGGCCUCCAGUGCCUGCAAAAACCAGGAAGGUCGCCUUCAGUGACGACCACGAUGUCACCUUCUUUUCGUCGCUGGACUGCCCCGCUGUUCUCGGCCACGAGCCGGUUUCUGUCUCCCCCAGAAGCUGUCUUCGUAAGCCUUCGACUUUUCCGCUCCACAGGGCCGACAAGAUUCCCCAUCCUGUCAAUGUUCCUGGUUUGAUAGCAGAAGAGUUCGCCAGCCUUGCCGAGCAAUGCCAGAAUCUCAAUCCCCAGUCUGCUGCCUACGCCAGACUGAGAGACCGGUGUUGCCUCAAGUUUAAGCAGCUUUUCCAGCGUGUCUGUGAUGGUCCCCUUGCGGACCUUCAUGGCCUUCUCUCUUCCCAGACCCACGCUAUUGCUCUGUCUAGGAAGAACUUCGCCGAAACGAAUGCAGCCGUCAGAGGUAUUGUUGUCAAUGGUAAGAGGGACCAGAGGAUCAUUCUGACGCUCAGACGUUGUGACGAGCUUACCGCUAAGCACGUCGAGGCGAUGGAUGCCGACCUUUCCAGUAAUGCCGCCGAUCUCUCCCGUCUCGUCACCUUCAUGACCGAGUUAGAGGACCCAUUAGACGACUGGUAUAAAUGGUUUUAUGAGCAUCACUGCCGCAAGGAUUACGCGUCUAACGUGGACGAGGAAUAUCAAUUCCACGAGAGGAUCGGCUUCAUGCGGUACGCCGAGCUUUGUUUCAUGACUGACACCGAUGCUAAGUAUUGGGAGGAGACCGUUCGGUCCAACAUUGGUGUCUUGAGAGAAGCCGGCCGUUUUAAUCUUGAGCUGCUUAGGCUCUUGAGUCUUUGA